CUUUGAUCAUUUGCACUCAGCUUAGAAACCCCUCUUUAUUGUUCUUCGACAUACAAAAUAUGAGAACGUCGAACUACGAAGGAGGCAGUUCUGCUUAGGUUAAUCAGUGUCUUGAGAAACGCCAAGGAGCUUUCAACCUCGGCUUUCUCCUAUCAAAGUCAUCCUUGAAGAGCAGCAAAGCUAAUACAUGAUAGCCUAUCUAUAAUAUCUAGGUGCACUCUCACUGCUUAAGUCUGGCCGUCUGCAGCUGCCCCGCAUUCACAAGAACAGAGCAGGUAGCUCACAUUAAACACAACGCAAGCGUCAUCAGAGCAUCAAGACUGCUGAAAACUUCCCAAAAGAUGUCUAAUAGUCAGAUAUCAACGAACAAAAGCUUCACAGUUGCUAAAUCCGGUAAUAACUACGCUUACAUCCACCACCCUCCUUCAAACCCCAGCAAACCGACCGUUCUAUUCCUGCACGGCUUUCCUUCUACCGCACACGACUGGAGGCAUCAAGUACCCUAUCUCACAUCUCUCGGUUAUGGAGUCUUGGCUCCAGACCUCCUUGGAUAUGGCUCGUCAUCCAAGCCCCUCGAUGUGGAACCAUACAUUGGCAGCUCAAUGGCAGCAGAUAUUGUGUCACUCCUCGAUUACGAAGGGAUUCGAACGGUGGUAGGAGUCGGUCAUGACUGGGGGACAUAUUUGUUGAGCCAAUUGAUCAUCUGGUUUCCGGAGCGAGUCGAAAGAUGUGUGUUCGUCAGUGUGCCGUUUCAUGUCCCAGGGAGGAAGACGGAUGCAAAAGCUGUGAAUGACAAAUCGAAGAAGGCAUUAGGAUUCGAAUUGCUGGGGUACUGGAUGUUUCUUACAGCACCUGGGGCUGGAAGGACUAUUGGAGAUAAUUGGGAAGUAUUUUACGACCUUGUCUACUGUGCCGAUGCUUCUCUCUGGAAGACACAUUGGGCAGGUCUCGGUGCCAUGGAAAGCACGCUCAAAACACUGACACCAUCAUCCUCUUCCAAACAUCUCGCACCAUGGACUACCCCAUCCGACAAAACGCAUCACCAUAAUUCCUUCGGAAACGACUACUCCCCCACACUGAAUUGGUAUCAUCGUGGAAUAUCUUCUCUUGGAGUCGACGCCGAGAUCUCUGCUCUCAAAGAAGGAAAGAUUAGUUCAAAAAUCGAUAUCCCAACGCUGAUGAUUGGUGGAACAAAAGAUGUUGUCUGCGAUGCUACACAUGCGAGAAAAGUCAUGCAGAGCUCAGUAGAGAGGGAAAAGCUGAAGGUGGUAGAUCUCGAGACUGGACACUGGAUCAAUCUGGAGGAGAAAGAGAAGUUUAACGAGGUGCUGAGAGAGUGGUUGGAGGAGACAAGUGGUGAGGGAGGAGCGAGGCCGAAGCUUUGAUGUGAGUCUCUCGGUUGCUUUUUGAAGAAAUCAAAUCACUUUGGUAUCUUGGAAUGUGUUUAUUGAAGUCGGCUUUUAUGAUUUUCAAUUUCUUUUGUGGUUUUCUAAAGUUUUUGUAUCUACUCUACAGACAAAGGAAAAGAACGCCCAAGUAAGGCUAU